GUCGCGUUGGGUUGGGUUUUGUUGCUUGCGAAGUGAAAUUAUAUUGAAAAUUGCCUUUUUCCUGUUUUCUAUCGAUAUCCGUUGAAUGUUUAUAUGAUAAACAAAAGUGUCUUUUAUCGUAUUAUUAUGUGACGUGUUAUUCCAUAUAUCAUUACUAAGUACAUUUACCCUAAUUCAAUUUGUUUUGAGCAUGGCUGCAUGUCAUGGAGUAGAUUGUUGAUUUCGUAUUCAGUGUGUGUUUUCGAGUUUAAGUACUACGAAUAGAGGUAGCUAGAUUGUCAAACGAUGUUUUCGAAGAAGAAGAAGAAGCCCCUUAUUUCUCCGCCGAGUAACUUCGAGCAUAGAGUGCACACGGGGUUUGACAAGCGUGAGGGCAAGUUUGUUGGGCUGCCACUGCAGUGGGCCUCACUUGUCGGCAACAACCAGAUAUUAAAAUCAACAAACAGACCUCUUCCUCUAGUAGACCCAUCAGAAAUUACUCCCACCGAAAUCCUUGACUUAAAAACUAUUGUCAGGGGGGACCACAGAACAACACCAGUAUCUGCAAUCGCAAGACCAAUAUCAACAAAUAUACCACAACAGCCAGUUCAGAACGGAGUGUUAUUACCGAAAACUUCGAAUGUUGCCAGAUCUAAUUCUUUAAGAAGUUCAAGCCCUCCUCGUAUUAGAAGGGACUUUAGGAACCAGCCAAACGUACCACCUUCUGUACCUGAGGAAUCUCCCCCGGUUCCUCCUGCACCACAGCAAUAUCCAAGCCUACGACGAGAUCAGAAUUAUCAAAUGAAUAAACCAAUAACGGAGUCACCUGUAGAUUGGUCACAACAUGCACACGAAGCUACAAUAAGGCCAGUUUCAGAGAUAAACGAUAAUCAUCCUUCGCAGAUUACAUAUCAGAAUAUACAGAAUGCAAAUGUACCAUAUCAACACAAUCAUCCGCAACAAACAUUGUCACACAGCAUGCCUCAUGGACUAAAUGGAAAUAAUGUUACGAUAGAAACAUACAGACACCAGCACGCAGGCGCGCCGCCCGCCGGCGCCGGCGCCCCCUCGCAAAUGCCACUCGCCGCGUCCAAACAUGAGCUGCGACUGACGCACGAACAGUUCCGCGCGGCGCUGCGGCUGGUGGUGUCGGAGGGCGACCCGCGCGCCUCGCUGUCGGGCUUCAGCAAGAUCGGCGAGGGCAGCACGGGCGUGGUGUGCGCCGCCACCGACACACGCACGCGGCGCCGCGUCGCCGUCAAGAUGAUGAACCUGCGCAAGCAGCAGCGCCGGGAGCUGCUCUUCAACGAAGUCGUGAUAAUGCGCGACUACCCGCACCCCAACAUAGUGGAGAUGCACGCGUCGUACCUGGUGGGGGAUGAGCUGUGGGUGGUGAUGGAGUACAUGGCCGGUGGAGCGCUCACUGACAUUGUGACGCGCGCGAAGAUGGACCCGGAGCAGAUCGCCACUGUCUGCAAGCAGUGCUUGAAGGCGUUAGCAUUCUUGCACGGUCAGGGUGUGAUCCACAGGGACAUCAAGUCAGACUCCAUACUGAUGACGGCUGACGGCCGCGUCAAGUUGUCCGACUUCGGUUUCUGUGCCCAAGUCUCACAGGAACUGCCGAAAAGGAAGUCCCUGGUAGGCACGCCGUACUGGAUGUCACCCGAGGUUAUAUCGCGGCUGCCGUACGGGCCCGAGGUGGACGUGUGGUCGCUCGGCAUCAUGCUCGUCGAGAUGGUCGACGGGGAACCGCCCUUCUUCAACGAGCCACCGCUACAGGCCAUGCGGCGCAUCCGCGACAUGCCGCCGCCGCGGCCGCGCGGCGCGGCGCGCUGCCCCGCCGACCUGCUGGCGCUGGUGGAGGCGGCGCUGGUGCGCGACCCGGCGCAGCGCCAGCCCGCCGCGCGCCUGCUGCACCACCCCUUCCUGCGCCGCGCCGGCCCGCCCGCGCUGCUCGUGCCGCUCAUGACGCAUGCGCACGCCCGCAACCAGUAAAACGACAUUUAACACGAAGUUGUCGCCGCGUCUCACUUCAAAGAGGUUUUGAAUCAAAACCAUACACAGUGAGAUAAAUUGAAUAUUACUUAACAGAUUGAACAACCAUGACGACCGUUUCUAGUUAUAUCUUCCCAGUAUCAAAAUAGCAGAAAAAAUACGUUUUCUGAUUCAAAAAGAAAAUGUUAUUGUAUAUUUUUUUCCAAUGUAGUUUCUAUAUUUUAUCAUUUAUCACACGUUUACUUACUGUAGAUAUUAGGCAUGACAAUGGCCCCGAUUCCUGCAGACGCCGUCUAAUUUUAUUUUAAGUUAAUUCCUGCAGACACCGUCUAAUUUUAUUUUAAGUUAUAUCCGUCAUUUUCAUAUCCGUCGAAAAGGAAAGGGACGGAUGAUUCACAGCUCUUAAUUUUAGGAAGAAUGAGCAAAUGAAUGAAUAACCCGGGCGAAUCAAAAGGGACGUCGCUGGUAUGCAAUCCGUUUGACGUGCUGUCUACUUAACUGUGUCGGGUUAUUGACGGAUGUAAAAUUUUUAGACGGUUGGUUUAGAUUUGUGCUUAAAAUUGACGUGUGUUCCAUAAAUUUUAUGCUUGUUGAUUACCCGUCCCUUUCCUUUUCGGCGGAUAAGAAAUUGACAGAUAUAACAUAAAAUUAGAUGGUAUUUACAGGAAUUAGCACUAAUAUAAGAGUAAUAAAAAGUUAAGAAAACAAGUAGUGUCGCGAAACAGAUCAGGGGGGUUAAAAUGCCACAUCCAAGCAAUUCAUCUAAGAAAGCAAUAUUGCAAGUUGACAUUUGCGCAUAUAAAAGUAAGUGCGCAAUGCAAACAAAUGUCAAAUAGCAAUAUUGCUUUCUUAGAUGAAUUGAUUCAAUAUGGCCAUUUUAACCCCCCAGCGCUGUCUCGUAUUGCUUACAGUGAGGGAUUUUCCAGACUAAGUUUUGUAAAAAAAAUUGAUGGCGCUGUUCAGAUAUAACGUGAUAAUUACCUAUUCUCAUUGCUCGGGGUAUAUAAUUAUUAAAAUAUAAAAAAUAUGGUCAAACAUAGAAAUCUAUGUUACGUAAUGGGUGAAUAUCAAAAUGUGCAAAGUUUGGCGGCGAACUGUCAUAUAAUUUUUUCGUGAAAAAUUGGGUUCCUUUUGGAUCCUUUUUCAUGUCGGAACCGAGGAUCCUAUUGGAUCUUUUUCAUGUCGGAACCCAAUUUUUCACGAAAAAAUAAUAUGAAAUUUCGCCACCAAACUUGAAAUUUUGAUAUUCACCCUAAUUCUUAAGAAAAAUAAAAAAAAAUGUAAUGUAGUGGCAGAGGCAUAUAUAAAAAUAAUUGUUGCUUGAUAUUUGGAUCAGAUGCGUAAAGAAUUAUGUUGCUACCUAUAUUGCUUCACUUUAUUUUGAUUAGAAUAAUAAUGGGUGGAAGUUUUGUGCCUGGGUAUAAUAACAAGGGUCAUCAUUUAUACCCAAAAACAAAGAUAAAAGUUGCUUAUGUCUUUUAUCCAUGAAAUUGGAAGGUUAAACGCAGGAAAAUCGCUUCAGUGCCACUUAUAUUUUGUUGGGGAGCGCAGCCUGGAAAAUCCCUCGUUGUAAUAAUUGUAAAUUUCGUCGCGUAGGUUUUAUUAUACAUUUUCUUUUUAUUACUCCUACGAUGUCACACAAACCAAAGUUGUUUGAAGCAACUUUUUGUAAAGUAUAAAUCAUGUUCAUUAUAUUUUAUUUAAACAAUCAUCUCUACAUUAUUCCUACGCGAAACACCCAGUGAAAUCAUUCCACAUGUAUGAAAUCAUAAAGUAUUUAUAACAUUCCUUCUUCUGACAAAGGAGUUCUUAUUUUCUUGAUCAUGAAUUAUAUUAUUGUUGAAACUAUAUUAUUGUACGUUUUUUAUUGCCAUAAAAUUGUUGAUUAUACAUUUUUUUGUUGUAGAAUAAUGCAGUAAAUUAUCAUUAGGAGUUUAAUAUGGAGGUAGGAAUUACUAGUAAUUCUAGAUUAUAGUACCGUUCUAUCUAACUGUAAACCCCGUCCAGUAGGUAUCGUUUCACUAAUGUCACACCCCGGACAGUUCAUACAAAAUCCACGUUUUACACAGAUACUACACAUUGACAUUAUCGUACACGCGCAUCUGUGUGUGUGACGUCUGACACCAUACGAUUAAAGUCUAUUAAUGUCCGAGGGGGGUGAGGUAAACCUAGCUCAGCCGUUGGUGCGGAGCGGAGGGUUGCCAUUCUAUACGUAGUAUUAUUCCUUAUUCUAGGGUAAUGUGUCGUACAUUUUAUCGUACUUACUAAUAAAAUUAAUCAUUAACAAAUGUUACGACAACUUAUACAAUUUCACUUACUGAGAGAAACGUAAUAUGGUAUUUAAAUGAUAUUAUAUGACCAUUUAGCGUUAUAGAAAACACAUUAUUAUUGUUACAAGCGUGUUUGUCUAUUUGUAAGUCGAUUUUAUUAAUAUUUCAAUGUGUCUUAUUAAUUAGUAAAACGGGGGAACUCCAAACGAAUUGGACAAACGAACAUACCCACAGAAUUUCGCAUUUAAAAACGUUAGAUAAGUUUAUUUGUCAAUCUUCCAUAUCAACCUUACCUUCAACCUUUUAUAUCUUGAGCUCAAAUUAAGCAACAUUGUGCCAGAAAUUGAAAUUGGAAUCUUCAAAUCAGUAUUAUUGUUAGAGAGUUGCUUGUGUACUUAACUUACUUAAUAAUCCUUUAACCAUAAAGGAACUUAAAUGUAUCUGUAAGUUUGCUUUUUUUCAACCGUAUGUAGACGAAGAAAGUCAAAUGUUACUUCAUAAUUCUCUUUACAUUCCGAAGAUAUUUACGUAUUUAUUUAUAAAUCAAAUAUCGAGAUAUUUUAUCGAAAUAACCACCUAAUAUAUUUUGAUAUAAGAAGGGAGGUUAAAAAUGCCACAUCGAAGCAAUUCAUCUAAAAAAGCUAUAUUGCAAAUUGUCAUUUGCGCAUUUAAAUGCGUAAUGCAAACAAAUGUCAAAUAGCAUUUUAGUUUUUUUAGAUGAGUUGCUUCGACGUGGCCUUUUUAACCCUCAAGUGCUUCAUAAGUAUUGAAAUGCUUACUACUUGUAAAUAUUACUGGUGUUACUAUAACAGAAAAUAAUUUACUAUAAUGUUCUUAUCAAUUUUAAAACUUAAACUUUGGCCUUAUAAAAACUGUGAUUUCAUUGAACCUGAGAUAUUUCGUGGCCUAUUAGAUAGUGUAAUAUGCAUGUCGAUUGUAACGUAUUUUGAAUGUUAAAAAUAGCAGAUUAUCAAUUUAGUGUUUAAUGAGGCUAAGAGAUAAAAGAGCAAUAUACAUUCAUGUCUUUAGAUACUUAUUAGGCAGCUAGUGUUGUGAUUAAAACAAAUUAGGUUUUUGAUGAAAAUAAUGUUGCAAAAUACCAAGUGAAAUACGAAUUUGAAACGCUUUUUAACAGCCUUGUAUUUAGAAUUAGUGCCUUAUCACCGCCUUAGUGUUUUAUUAAGCACAUUUGCACCUGUUUGCCAGUGUAGUCGUCGCGUCAAAUGCGCGAAGGAAACAAUAUUAGUUGUGUGUAUCAAUCCUAAUUAAACAGUAUAGAGAAUAUAUUUUGUCUCUGUUACUCUUAUAGAAAAUGUUAUAUGAGAUAAGAUAAGAUAUUUCGCACUUCAUCUAGUAAUGGUUAAGUGUUUUUUACUUUACGACGAAUGUUGAAUAUUGGAUUAUUUAAGAAUAAUGUUCAUAUUUUCAUCACACUGUUUCAUUCAUACAGCGAUCAGAAUAUUGUAAUUUAUUGCUUUAUCAGACAGUUUCUUUGUAAGGUAUAUGCCAAAUAUAUUGUAAUAUUAUUGUAAUGUCACAUUGUUAAGAACUGUUAUCUAAUAUAGAUUUUGAAUACA